CGUAUGAGACAAAGGAUGUGAUUCAGUGGACCAAGGAAAAGAGGGAGGAGAUUCGCGAGAGACCUAAGGAGGGGCUGGAUGGAUUGAUGACCAAGGGGCUAAAUGCUGCUGUGGACGUGGCCCAAUGGUAUGUCGACACACGGGCAGACCUGGAAGAGCGCAUUCAUAAGUUCAACCAGCCGGCAUCCGAUCGACUCCUCCCUGACCUCACACCCCAGGAAGCGCACGUGUACACGCUCGUGCUGGACCUAGAAGGAACCCUCGUGCAUUCUGAGUGGAAGAGGGACCGCGGGUGGCGCACGUUCAAGCGGCCGGGCGCAGAGGCGUUUCUGGAACGAAUGGAGCAGUUCUUUGAAGUUGUUGUGUUUUCGGAUCAGCUGAAUCUGUCAGUUGACCCGAUUCUGGACCGGCUGGAUCAGAAGGGGUGCAUUCGCUACCGGCUCUACCGGGAUGGGACUCUCUACACUGACGGGAACUAUGUGCGGGACCUAUCCAAGCUCAACCGUGAUCCAAACAAGGUCAUCUACAUCAGCUCUCUGCCCGAGUCAGUGCUUCAGAAGGAGAAUCUCGUCCCUCUCUCUGCGUGGAAGGACACCGGAGCAGAUACUGCACUCCUAGACCUACUCCCCUUCCUCGAGUGUGUGGCGCGGCAGCGGCCGGCGGAUAUACGGGUGGUGCUGCAGUCAUAUGAGGGGCAGGAUAUCCCCACUGCCUUUAAAGAGCGCUCCAAACUCAUGCAAAAGUGA